AUGCGUGUCACCUCUACUCUUCUUGUUGGCUUGGUUGCCUCCACGGCAGAAGCGCUCGUUGCCAAGGCUGUCAUCGACAAGUGUCUUACUGAUGCUGCUGUCCCAAUCGACGUCAAGGGCUCGGAGGGCUGGAACGAAGAUGUUGCACCUUUCAACAUCCGUCUGCCCUACCUACCCACCGCCAUCUCGGUCCCAACCACUACCAAGCACAUCCAGGACUCUGUGAAGUGCGGAAGGAAGCUCGGCAUCAAGGUUUCCGCCAAGUCAGGUGGCCACAGUUACGCAUCUUUCGGGUUUGGUGGAGAGAACGGCCACUUGGUUGUUGAGCUCGACCAGAUGUACAACGUCACUUAUGACGCAGAGAAGAACCUCGCGACUGUGCAGCCUGGAGCCAGGCUUGGCCACGUAGCAACCGUGUUGUACGAGCAGUACGGACGUGCCAUCGCUCAUGGCACUUGCCCUGGUGUCGGUGUUUCCGGCCAUUUCCUCCACGGAGGUUUCGGAUUCAGCUCCCACAUGCACGGUCUUGCUUUGGAUUCCGUCCAGAGCGUUACCGUUGUUUUGGCUGACGGAAGCGUGAAGGAGGCUUCCAGCUCCUCAAAUGCUGACCUUUUCUGGGGAAUCAAGGGGGCGGGCUCGAACUUCGGCAUUGUUGCUUCGUGGAAGCUAAGCACUUUUGAAGCACCCAAGACCCUUACUAAAUUCGGACUCUCUCUUGGAUGGACUAAGGACACCGCUGUUGCCGGUCUGGAGGCUGUCGAGAAGUACGCCAAGAACAUCCAGCCCCGCGAAGUCAACUUCCGUAUCGGGGACUACAGCAAGGGCCAGCCCGGUAUUGAGGGUCUCUACUAUGGUACUCCCGCACAGUGGCAGAAGGCUUUUCAACCUCUCCUGGACACGCUCCCCAAGGGAUACAACGUCUCUGAGCCGGUGACUCUCAACUGGAUCCAGGCCGUGAUUUCUUACUCCAACUACGACGAGGUUGAUUGGAUCCACCCCAGCCCUCAGGAGAACUUUUACGCCAAGAGCUUGACCCUCAAGGGCUUGAACGGGACCUCCGCCCAGGCUUUCGUCGAUUACUACUUCGACGUCGCCAACAAGGUCGUUGACCGCUUCUGGUUCUUCCAGCUCGACAUGCACGGCGGCAAGAACUCACAGAUCACCAAGGUGCCCCAGGACGCCACAUCCUACCCCCACCGUGACAAGCUUUACAUCAUCCAGUUCUACGACCGUUACGAGAACAACGAGACCUACCCUGCCACCUCUUUCGGCUUCCUCGACGGCUGGGUCGACGCUGUCACUGACACCAUCCCAAGGUCUGACUGGGGCGCGUACAUCAACUACGCAGAUGCGAGGCUCCCACGUCAAGAGGCUGAGCAGCAGUACUACGGCGAGCACCUGCCCAAGCUUCAAAGUCUCAAGGCGAAGUAUGACCCCAAACAGCUCUUCUACUACCCGCAAGCUGUCGAGCCCAAGGCAUAA